GGGAGGAGCGAGCCCCGCGGCCCGGUGCUGGGAGGAGGGAGCGUGAACGCGCCGCACGUCCCUCCCUCCUUCCCUGCUUCCCACCCCCCGCGCCUGCAGCCGGGCCGUCCGCCGGCCUCCUCCCGCUCCGGGCGGUUGGGCUAGGCCGCAUCGGGCCGCCCGCCACCCCCCUCUCACCGGGCUGGGAGGGGCGAGCCGGGGCCGAGUCGCCGGGCAGCGGCCAUCGGCGGAGAACGACGCGGCCUUUGAGCGAGCCUGCCCCGGGCAAAGGGCUCCCGGGCGGGAUGCGCGGCAAGGGAGAGGAACCCCCGAGCUGCGGCGGCGUCUGCACUCACGGCUGUGCCGCUGCCGCCGCCGCAGAUUCCAGAGACUUAUUAAAGGAAUUUCCACAGCCUAAAAACUUGCUCAACAGCGUGAUUGGACGAGCCCUGGGCAUUUCUCAUGCAAGGGACAAGCUGGUGUACAUCCAUACUAAUGGGCCAAGAAAAAAGAAAGUGACUCUGCAUAUAAAGUGGCCUAAGAACGUGGAAGUGGAAGGCUAUGGGACCAAGAAGAUCGAUGCUGAGAGGCAGGCAGCAGCUGCAGCAUGUCAGCUCUUCAAGGGCUGGGGUUUGCUGGGGCCCAGGAAUGAGCUGUUUGAUGCUGCCAAGUACAGGCUGCUGGCUGAGCAGCUGGGCUGUCCCGACGAGAGGUGGUGCUCAGAGGGCAAGUGGCGCUCCAAGUCAGGACCCUCUCUUGCUGACUUGUCAACCUGCUGGCGACGGAUGGAGCCCGACGACUCCAUCCAGCCCAUGGAGCAGGGCAGGAUGCCUAAAGCAAUGAGGAGAGAAGAGCUGGAGGAAGGGGAGCUGGAGGAAGGGGAACUGGAGGAAGGAGAGCUGGAAGAAGAAGCGAUCGAUGUUUCCGAUUAUCUGCCCAUGGCACAUCAGGAUGCUCGAACCCCAGGCAGAGACCCGAGCAGAGGAGGGGGUUCCAUUGAGAUGACAGAUGACAACACUGCCAUCCGUGCCCUGACGCAGUUCCCUCUUCCCAAAAAUCUUCUGGCCCAAGUGAUUCAGAUUGCAACCUCCUCCUCCACGGUCAAGGAGUACAUGCAGUUCCGCACAGUGGGCACCAAGACCAAGAUCUGCAAGCUCACCCUGCGCUGGCCCUGCCCCAUGACGUUCGCUGCCAAGGGCCGGCGCAAGGUGGAGGCAGAAAACAAAGCAGCAGCACUGGCCUGUCAGAAGCUGAAGAGCCUGGGCUUGGUGGACAAGAACAACAACCCCCUCAGCCAUGCUAUGUACAACAUGACUUCCCUGCGGGAGCUCGGGGAGAACCAGAGGAAGCCCUGCCACAUCAAAGUCCCUGAAGCAACCCUGCGCAAGAUUGAGAACUAUCUGAACCAUUAUCCCGUGGACAUCAGGGAAUCCAGGCCCCGGAUCGCCGAUGACAUGAUGAACCUGAGCAAGGAAUCUGGUGCCAUCAGUGAUGCAAUCACAGGGAAGACAUACAUACCCAUGCUGGAAGCAGAGGAGGUCCGUCUGAGCCAGAAUCUCCUGGCCCUCUGGAAAAGGAGAGGAUCCUCGUGGCAGGAGAGCCACCCGCUACCAGUAGAUCCUCAUAAGGACACCAUCCUGUCAGCCAUCGAGCAGAACCCCGUGGUGGUAAUAGCAGGAGACACGGGCUGUGGGAAAACCACGAGGAUCCCUCAGCUCCUGCUGGAGCACUACAUCCUGGAGGGCCGCGGCGCCCGCUGCAACGUGGUGAUCACCCAGCCCAGGAGGAUCAGCGCCAUCUCGGUCGCCCAACGCGUGGCGCAGGAGUUGGGUCCCAACAUGAGGAAGAACGUGGGCUACCAGGUGCGACUGGAAAGCAAGCCACCUGCCCGGGGAGGAGCUCUGCUCUUCUGCACCGUGGGCAUCCUGCUGCGGAAGCUGCAGGGCAACCCCAGCCUGGAGGGGGUCAGCCACGUGGUGGUGGAUGAGGUCCACGAGCGAGACGUCAACACGGAUUUCCUGCUCAUCCUGCUGAAGGGCAUCCAGAAGCUGAACCCCGACCUGCGCCUGGUCCUGAUGAGUGCCACGGGAGAUAACCAGCGUUUCUCCCACUACUUUGGGGAUUGCCCCGUGGUGAAGGUGCCAGGUUUCAUGUACCCAGUGAAGGAGUACUACCUGGAGGAGAUCUUGGCCAAGCUGGGCCGGCACCGACACCGGCACUACGAGAUCAAGCAAUCAGAUGAUGAAUGUGUCCUUGAUCUUGAUCUGAUCACCGACCUUGUUCUCCAGAUUGAUGCCCAUGGAGAACCAGGUGGGAUCCUCUGCUUCCUCCCUGGCUGGCAGGAGAUCAAAGGAGUGCAGCAGCGCCUGCUGGAGAUGCUCGGCUCUCAGAACAGCCGCUACCUCGUCCUACCAGUGCACUCCAACAUCCCCAUGAUGGACCAGCAAAACAUCUUCCAGCGGCCUCCCCCUGGUGUCAGGAAGAUUGUCCUGGCCACCAACAUUGCUGAGACCUCCAUCACCAUCAAUGACAUUGUCCACGUGGUGGACAGUGGCACGCACAAGGAGGAACGCUACGAUCUAAAGACCAAGGUGUCCUGCCUGGAGACAGUCUGGGUGUCCAAGUCCAACGUGGUGCAGAGGCGGGGCCGUGCUGGCCGCUGUCAGUCAGGGUUUGCCUACCACCUCUUCCCCCGCAGCCGCCUGGACAAGAUGCCCACUUACCAAGUUCCAGAGAUCCUCCGCACCCCGCUGGAGAACCUGGUGGUCCAGGCCAAGAUCCACAUGCCAGAGAAAACAGCAGUUGAGUUUCUCUCCAAGGCCCUGGAUAGCCCUGACAUCAAAGCUGUGGAUGAAGCAGUCAUCUUGCUGCAGGAGAUUGGUGUCCUGGACCAGCGGGAGGCCCUCACCACCCUGGGCAAGCGCCUGGCUCAGAUCUCCACAGACCCGCGGCUGGCCAAGGCCAUCGUCCUGGCCUCCAUCUACCGCUGCCUCCACCCCCUGCUCGUCAUCGUCUCCUGCCUCACCAGGGACCCCUUCAGCAGCAGCCUGCAGAACCGUGCUGAGGUGGACAAGGCCAAGGCUGUGCUGAGCAGGGAGAGUGGGAGUGAUCACCUUGCCUUUGUCCGAGCUGUGGCAGGCUGGGAGGAGGUGCUGAGGCGCAGGGACAGCCGUGCCAGGGACAACUACCUGCAGGACUACUACCUGUAUGGCCCCAGCCUGCGCUUCAUCAACGGCCUUGUCAAGCAGUUCUCUGAGAACCUCUAUGAAGCCUUCUUGGUGUCAUCCCCAUCUGACUGUACCAUGCCCUCAUCUGUAUGUAACCAGUACAGUGAAGAGGAAGAACUGGUCAAGGGUGUCCUCAUGGCUGGGCUCUACCCCAACCUCAUCCAGGUGAGACAAGGCAAAGUGACCCGUCAGGGGAAGUUCAAACCCAACAGCUAUGCCUACAGGACAAAGGCCGGCACCGUCCUGCUCCACAAGUCAACAAUCAACAGGGAGGCAUCCAAGCUGUACAGCCGCUGGCUGACGUACUUCAUGGCGGUGAAGUCCAACGGGGGAGUGUUUGUGAGGGACUCCUCCCAGGUCCACCCUCUGGCUGUGCUGCUCAUGACUGACACGGACAUCCACGUCCGAGAUGAUGGCUGGAGAGCAACAGUCUCCCUGACAGACAGUGACCUCCUGGUGCUGGAGGGGGACUCCUACACCAUCCGCCUCCUGCGUGACUUCCGCGUGUCGCUCUCCAAGAUGGUGGAGACGUGCCUGUGCUACGAGAUGGCCGCCAUCCCCGGGGACCUGCACCACCAGCACAGCCAGCUGCUCGACAUCCUAGUGGAUCUCCUCAAAGGCCCUCCUGGCAGCUUUGGUGCUUAGGCAGAGCUGGAGGAUUUGUGUGGGGACUUGUAAUUUGUAUAAAGAUGUUCACAAAUGUUUAUUUAAAUAAAAGUUCUAUUUAUCCCUUGUGAAGUCAUCUCUUCUCCAUCCUAGAAGAUUAAUGUUGUCUGAACCUCCCGCUCUCGGCUCCGUGCAUGGUCACCGCCUGGGAAGAACCAGCGCAGCCUCGCCUGGAAUGGACUGGGAGUGCCCCAAGGACCCGAGCUUCCUGGACACCCCCACCUCCUCCGCUCUUCACGGCGUCAGUCCCCGGACUGGAAGGCAAGGACGAGGCCACUCCGGGCCCUCCUGGGCCCCAUCCCCACGGGGCCAGGCUGGAGCAGCAGCUCGGUGCCAGGAGGACGAUGGACGCCGUGGCCGUGCCUGCUCCGGGGGCCGGGCCGAGCGUGGAUCUGCGAGGGGUGGGGAGCAUCCCUCAGCAUCCCGACUCCCCUGAGGCUGUGGGAGAGGAGGAAACCCUCAAGGCACCAGAUGGACGUGAGGUUCCACGUGGGAUCUCUAACAAGACCCUCACCACGGGGGCCCUGCCUGCCCCACGCGUGGAGUCUGAGCCGUGACUUCUCCUUCCCCUGUACUCUUUGUCCUCUUGUGUUGUUAUUACUCUUUCUUUUUGGGUUUGUUUUUUAAUUUCUUGUUCUCCCAAUGCCGAGGAGGCCGGAUCCCUGUAACUCAUGCAGCACAGGACAUGGUGGUGGAUGCCAGUCUGCCUGUCAGAGCCUUCUCCUGCGGGAAGCCAGGAGCAGAGGCACCAAAAAUUCUUUGUUUUCUACAAACAGGGGACCAUAUAUUUCUGUGGAAAGGAGGAUUUAUGACCGGCACAGCAUUUACAUGAAAAACCUGGAGUUUAAUCCCAGCUUUGCCUUGGAUUCCCUGUCAAAUGAAGACAGUGACCUACCUCACAGGGCUGUUGUGAGGCUUCUUCAUGUUUGUAACACACGGGAGCCCUCGGGCCGGGGCCGUGCGGGAGGGGAACGGGGUCCCCGGGCUGCGGGGUCCUCGCUGGAGCCUUGGGCCCUGGCUGGGGUCGGGGGGAGGCUGUGAGUGGUGCUGGAGGGGGGGAGGAGAUGGCUGCUGCUUUCCCCAGCAGCUCAGCCAGGGGCAGUGGCCUGGGAUCAUUUGUUUUUAUUUCCCAUUUUCUUAAUGCUCUUUGUAUCUGAACUCGAAGCAGCCGGGGUGCUGGGGAACCAGGGCCACCCCUCGGGUUGGCUGCAGGGGGGGAGUGAUGGCAGAAGGGGGGUUCCAGUCCCCAGGAGCUGCCUUCCUUUCUCGAGGGUCACCCUUUGGGUCCUCCCAGUUGUUCUCUACUGAAGAUUUAAUUUACUUGUCAUGGGCUUUAAUUAACGAAGCUGUGGCCUCUGCCAUCAGAGCUGAUGUACCUGGGGGGGGGGGAUGUGGGAGCCCCACGGUGCCAGCGGCUGGGGGCAAAAAAGCACAAAGGGCUGUGGGGCUGUGGGGACUGGGGACCCACUCCGGGGGGCUGGGGGGGUUCUGUGCUCCUGGAGCUUCUCAGCUCUGUUGUCCUGGAUGCACCAGCACGGGGCCCUGGGGGAGUCCUGCAGCCUGUGUUCACGCAAAACUUUUCAUCUUCAUUUCACUUGCUUGAAGUUGUCACUAUUAUUUGACCAGUGUUUGUUUCUUUUUUUGGCCUGUAUAAUGGGCAGUAUGGUUUUCCCUUCCAGCAGGUUUAAAAAAACAAAAAAACCAAAAAAAAAAAAAAAAAAAAAAAGGGGGGGGGGG